AUAAAUCACGAGUUUGCACGAUUGAUAUUAAUCUUUUUAAAGUCAUUUUCCUCUGCGUUCAAAAGUUAUUUAAUAAGACCAAAAUCUAAAAUAAGGGAAUCGAAUCCAAAAGCCAAAAAAUAAAUUAAGGAUCCUAAACAUGAGCUGAUGGAAUAAAGAUGAGAGGAAAGUGUCUACUCUUUCUAACUUGUUGUCCACUAUAUUAUUCCCUCCUCCACCACUACCACCUUCCUACAAACACGACAAAAGGAAAAAAAAUAAAGCGAGACACAAAGAGAGAAAGAGACAUGGAUCUCGAUUGGGUAUCAGCUUUUUUCAAGAACAACGAAUGGCUGAUAGUGUAUCUCAAAGGCAUGGUGAAGCCCGCGGCGGCUCUCGCGGUUGUGCUUCUAGCCGUGGCUCUCUCCUACUCGCAGAAACUCUCUUUGGAAGGAGACAUGAUAUACUCUGUUUUACGAUCGUUUCUUCAGCUAUCUGUUAUUGGGUUCGUUCUUCAGUUCAUCUUUAACCAAGAAAACGCCGGCUGGAUCAUCCUCGCUUACCUCUUCAUGGUCUCUGUUGCCGGUUACACCGCCGGACAACGUGCAAAGCACGUGCCACGUGGAAAGUACGUGGCCGGAGUAUCUAUCCUCGCCGGAACUUCUAUCACAAUGUUCCUGCUCAUCGUCCUCAACGUCUUUCCUUUCACUCCUAGGUAUAUCAUCCCUGUGGCCGGGAUGAUGGUCGGAAACGCCAUGACGGUCACCGGAGUUACCAUGAAGCAGCUACGAGAUGACAUCAAGAUGCAACUAAACCUGGUGGAGACAGCAUUGGCACUAGGAGCGACGCCAAGACAAGCGACGUUACAACAGGUGAAAAGAGCUUUGGUGAUAUCUCUAUCUCCGGUUUUGGAUAGCUGCAAAACAGUUGGAUUGAUCUCUCUACCAGGGGCUAUGACCGGUAUGAUAAUGGGCGGUGCGUCUCCUCUUGAAGCUAUCCAGCUACAGAUAGUUGUGAUGAACAUGAUGGUUGGAGCAGCAACCGUUAGUAGCAUCAUGUGUACCUAUCUUUGUUGGCCAUCUUUCUUCACUAAAGCAUACCAGUUACAAACUCGUGUCUUCUCAAGUUGAAACUAUUAAUUAUUAUCCAUUUACUUUCAACAGUCUUAAAA